ACUGCGUCAAAUUCUAAAGAUGAGCCUACUCUUGGAGCGCACAAUAAACGGCGUUGGGGUCCGAAAACAAGAGGCCGCCAGCGCAUUUGCGGCUGUGUACGCCACUGAACUGGGAGUUGACGUUACGCUGCAUUUUUUGCAGGAAAAAUAUGACGAAACACGAAAUUACCUUGGAUCCGUUAACAGCAUCGUCUCGGCACUCUCCAGCCGCAUUCUCUAUAUUGAUCAAAGAGAAACGCUGGUGAAACUUAUAGAAGACAGAUGGUGGGAUGGAUUAAGCAGUGUCGGAGAGUCCGCUCUGCAAACUGUUGAUCGCAACUUCGACUGGCUUGGGGACCAUGCAGAGACUAUAAUAGCUAUCGUCGAUGAGAAAACUGAUCCUUCUCCAACAACAACACCAACCACCACUACACCCACAACCACCACACCGACCACCACUACACCACCAACAACCACACCGACCACCACUACACCAACAACAACCACACCGACCACCACUACACCACCAACAACCACACCCACCACAACCACACCCACCACAACCACGCCUGCAACCACUACCACCACACCCACAACCAUCACAACCACAUCAUCUCCCACAACGACAGCGGAACAGACUACCACCACCGAGGAACCAAGUUCGACGACU